UCUAGGCGGAACAUGUGCUAAUUUUACCAACGAUUUCCCCAAUUUUCUCGAUUUGUGCAACAUUCUACAUCAAUACAACAGUGUGGAAAGAUAGCACCUAAGUGGAGAAUUCAAUAAAACCAAACAUGGGCAAAACCCGUUCUAAAAAACACAAGAAAAGGGGUCCCAAUCCCACCGGCAUUCCCAGCCAAAAGGAAGCUGAAGAAGCUGAAGAAGAAGAGGUAGCUGGAGAAAAUGAGCCCAUUCCGGUAGCAGCGUUGGCUGAAAAGCUUCAGAGUGCAGCAGCAGAAGACAGAGAGUGUGCCUUGGUGACCAUAGCGGCAGUUGUAGGCCAGCCAGGUGUCAUAAAGGCCCUUCUCAAAGACCAUCUGCGAAUCAUUGGACCACUUGUACUUGAUGCAUGUCGUAAUGUGAGACAUGUGGCUGUGGGGGCCUUAAGGAAUAUGACAGUGGAGGGAGGACAUGAAGUCAGUGACAGGAUGAUGGAAUUGGACAUCAUGACUCCCCUGGUUGCUCUUCUCAAACAGUAUGGCACACAAUGGAAACCUCAGUCGGCCAAAAAUGACCAAGAAGCUGAAAUAUUCCUGCAUGCGGUACACCUGUUGUGGAAUCUAUGUGAGAGCAGUGAGGUGGCUGUCAACACAUUCAACCGAGAAGAUAUUUUACAGAUACUGUUGCCAUGCCUACAGUCAGAUGUUUAUGGUUAUGAUCUAGCAGUAGCUGUAGCACAGUGCUUGCAUACAGUUACUGAUAGCAACACUGAGGCUUCUUCUGCUUUGAACAGUCAUGAAUCAGUCACAACAUUUAUCAAGCUGAUUCAAGGAACGGAAGAAACUGACUCGGGUCAACACGUCCUGCUAAAAACUCUGGCAAUUGGAGUCCUGUUCAACAUCAGUAAUGGCAACCUCGGCCUGAUGAAUGGUAACACACUGACCACUGUAAUGGAUGUACUGGUGCAGACGAUUGAAUUUGAUACGGAGAAAACUUUGAAUGAACUCGGUGUUUAUAUGCAAGAGAUCAAGACAAAUGGUACUUCUGCCGCAGACGGAGACUCCAGCAAUCAUAUCCCAGAAGUUUCAAUAGGUGAAUUUAACCAGAAGACACAGCACCUGUGUAACAUUCUCCAGUCACAGCAGUUAGUCAUAGAGAUCCUCUCCAAUCUGUGCUGUGCUAAUGAUGAUGGUGGUGACGAAUGGGAGGACCUUGACAGCAGUGAUGAUGGAAUGGAUGUGAUAGCCUCUGAGAACCUGGAAGAAGACAUGCAGACAGAUAUACUGUCUCCAUUGUGCAUCCCAAAGGAAAUCCAUUCAUUAUUUGCCUCAAAUGACAUCGUAAAGAAAGUGAUUCAGAAGAUCAACUCUCCAGAUCAAGGUCUUCUAGAUGCCUUGAAUAAACACAGCAAGACCAAGGCUGUUGGGAAGAGACUCAAGGAAUUACAAAUCCGGGCAAUGCUGUGUCUAAGCAACAUGGUCAGUGCAAUGGAAGCGGACUUCUUGGGUGGUCUGCCUCAUUUGCAUAUGAUCUGGUUAGACUUGACACAGUUGGCGAGGACGGGUGCUGCUCAAAGUGACAUGGAGUUGUUAGAAGCUGUCACGAGUGCAAUGCGGGCCGUGAUAGUCAAGUUAGGAGAACUCAAGUCACCAGAGUUCAAAGAUGUGACACCACAUGCGCUGCAGAUGAUAUGUGAAAUGGGUGACAAAUCAGGCAACCCACACGUGCGAACGAACACGAUACGUAUUGUGUCCACGAUUGGAUGUAUGCUAGCUCUACAGCAACAGCCACAUUCGCUGCUAAAGAAUAUUGGCGUAUUCCUGCUUGAAAUCUGUGCCAAAGAUUCUGAGUUGUGGGUGAUUGCUGAAGCCCUUGACUCCAUCUUUGAUGUGUUUUCGGAGGAUCACCUCAACCCAGUCGUCAUGGAGAUAGGAUUGGUUCAAAAGUUGAAACAGUUGUCACCGCUGCUGAAGCAAAAGAUUCAUCAACAAAAGCGAUUCCUUGGGGAACAUCUACCGAUCGUCACGACAGCUAGGACGAAUCUCAUACGAUUCAUCAAGUAUAAAAACGGCUGAGAGGAUGGAGAUGUUCCGAGGAGUGUUUUUAUCCUGCCAUAGACAUUUUAAUUUGAAAACGAAACGAAGCUUUGUCUUUCUGAACUGUUGAAUGAACUGUGAUGAAUUGCUGACACUUGGUUCCUUGGUGUUAUUUCUCCGGUGGCUUCCAUUGUUCUGUGGGAUGGAAUCAUGAUAUGAACAUCUGUCCAGACUAUGAUGUUGUUAAAGAACUGGCAUGUAUUUCAGAUUUUUGUUAGAUGCAUGUUGUUCUAGAUGAAAGACCAUGUUAUAGUCAAAAGACUAGCAUAUACCAUAAUUUGAAUUUUGUUAAAAGGCCUGUUGUUUGAUGAAAAUUCAAAACUGUUAAAUCAUCAUAGCAAAUUUUACAGUUAUGAUAAUAGUAAUUGUAAUAACAAGGCUUCACCCAAAGCUGACAUCAUUACAACCUCUGUUACAACCUCCUUCUGGACCUUUUUAUUUCUUCGGAUUUUUGUUAAUCAUUCUUUCCUGUCAAAAUGCUACAGUUGUUUAGUUCUGUUGAAAUCUGAAAUAGGACAGUGGUCUUUCACUUAUAUUGAAGUCAUUAUUGUAAAUAUCAUUGUCAUUGAAAUAAAAUUUGUAUUCAUCAUA